AUGAAAGAGGAAAAAGAAGUAUGGGGAAACGAUGACGUUGAUUUCAAAAACACUGUCGAUCGUGUUCUUGUGAACCAUUUCACCGAAACUGCUGGCAACAUCAACAAUAAUCCAUCUUUAACCAGUGAUGCCACGACGGCCAACAAUUUUAAUGUAAAAUCACCGGUCUACAAGAAACUUAAAAGAUGUACUUAUAUGGAUGCCAAGCCAGUUUGCAAAGAUAAAUGCAAUUCAUGUGAUUGCAGAAUACUUCAGCCUAUGAACCCCUUAGAAAAAUGUUGCGGUGAAGAUUGUCUCAAUAGACAAUCAUUUGAUGAGUGCACGCCAUCGACAUGUUCGACUGGUGACAAAUGUACAAAUCGGCCUAUGCAAAAAAGAUUGUGGAAGAUUAACAGUUUAUCCAAGUUUCUUACAGAAAAUAUGGGUUAUGGAGUUCGGACUACUGAAAAAUUAACAUCAGGUCAGUUUAUUAUUGAAUACUGUGGUGAAGUGGUGAGUGAGGAUGAGUUCCGACGUCGAAUGACUGAAAAUUACAGCAAGGAAUUACAUCAUUAUUGUUUGAAUUUGGGUGGAGGCUUUGUCAUUGAUGGCUACAGGACAGGCAACAUCAGCAGGAAUGUGAACGGCAUAUACAGAAUAGGGCUGUUUGCUCUGACAGAUAUUUCAGAAGGUGCCGAGUUAACAUAUGAUUACAAUUUUCAUUCAUACAACAUCCUCUCACAACAAGUUUGUAGAUGUGGUGCACCAAACUGCCGAGGCGUCAUGGGAGGAAAAAGUCAAAAGUUGAACAAGUUCAUCGUUGGUGGUAUCAGAAAUGAAAUCAGUAAUGGCAGUUAUGGCAAGAAAGGAGUAAAGAAAAAACGGGCUGGAUAUUUGAAGAAGCCAUCAUUAAAAGUUUUUCCCACUUCAUUUUUGUUCUCAUCUGGCUCAGUAGAAAGUAUCAUAAACAAAAUAUUACCGUCCGAUGAUAAGCUGAUUGUCCAGAGAAACAGACUGCUUUUGGUGAGAAAUCUCUACAAAUGCAUUCCCAAAAAACUUAAACGAAAUGCCAAAAAUUGCACUUCAUCAAAAUAUUUGAAUUGCAAAAAUGACUACAAUAAUCGCGGCCAUUGUUGGAAAUCUAGAAAUCAUAAACUGAAUGAACAUUAUGGAAAAUUUCUUUCUAGCCUUCCUGGUAGCUAUUUUAUUUGA